GUAGCCAAAUAUGUCGGACUCCCCCCAAUCUCCUCCCAAGGAUGUCGACCAAGGUGUACAAUCACCGGAAGAGGAACAAAUGAACGAGCCUCAAGACCCACAGUCCGGUGGACUCACCUAUGAGUUCGAGGUCAAGGAGCAGGACCGCUGGUUGCCCAUAGCCAAUGUGGCCCGCAUCAUGAAGAACGCUCUCCCGGAAAACGCCAAAAUCGCCAAGGAGGCCAAGGAGUGCAUGCAAGAGUGUGUGAGCGAGUUCAUCUCGUUCAUCACGAGUGAAGCCUCGGAGAAGUGCCACCAGGAGAAGCGAAAGACGGUGAACGGAGAAGACAUUCUAUUCGCCAUGACGUCUCUGGGAUUCGAGAACUAUGCAGAGGCCCUCAAGAUCUACCUCUCUAAGUACCGGGAACAGCAAUCCCAAUCGAACAGAGGUGAGGGAGCGCACCGCCCAGGCAGCAGUGGCUACGGCGCCAACCCUCCAACGGGAGCCGGAAGCUUCCAAGCCGAGCCUCAGAACAACGUCCUCGGAGCUCAGCAGGGAGACGGAAGUGCCGACGCUCAGGGUUACAUGUACGGCGCGCAAACCGGUCACAACGGCACUGGCGGCGCCGACGGCUACCAGUAGUCUGCCCAGCCACUCAAUUGCUGGUGUGGGUAUGCGUGGGCGAAAACCUUUCUCGGCAUAUACCUACGUACUGGUCGCGGCUUCACGAAGCCGACGCCCGAGUAAAGUCGGUGUCUGUCACAGGCUGACGUUUGUAUAAGUACGAGGAUUAAUACCUCUUGAAGAAUUUGGUAGGGCAGGACAUAUACGGUUGUACAUGAAGGUCCCAGGAAUCUCAGGUUUGGUGGAAAGGGGAGCAGAGGUGGUUACCUAAAAGUGUAGGCUGGAAGGGUUGUUGUAUUUCCUUCUCUUUGACUCGCUGUCUAUUCGAUAGAUUCCCUUCUAUUAUGGCGUUGCGAUUCAGUCAAGCCAUGCCGGGCCCAGAAGCGGUCACCAGGCAUUGGCAAAGAGCAGAUAGCAAAGCAUCGAAGCUUUGUGGAGCGGGCCCGGACCGUAUAUCCAUAGCACAGGUAGCUACAGCACUUUAGAUGGCUUCUAAUCCCAGUUUUGUCGCGCAAACUCUCGACAUCCCAGUGCACAUGGUGAAGUCGGCGGCGUGGCUGAUGAACGGCAAUUCGUUGAUACUCAU